AACAUAUCGUGGCUAUCUGUCAUAAUGUUUAUCGAUUGAAACUUUAUUGACGGUAAAAAAUUGCUUAGGAAAAAUGUCCGAGCAGUGUGAGCCUUUAACAUUAUCCAAGGAUAUAAAGCGCGCCAUAGAAUUGUUGGAAAAAUUACAAUCCAGCGGCGACUUUCCAACAACCAAGCUAUCUGCACUGCAGAAGGUCCUUCAAAGCGACUUUUUAAACGCUGUGAGGGAAGUUUAUGAACAUGUAUAUGAGACGGUAGACAUACAAGGAUCACAAGAUGUACGAGCUUCAGCUACGGCGAAAGCCACUGUUGCUGCCUUUGCGGCAAGCGAGGGGCACGCACAUCCUAGAGUUGUAGAAUUACCAAAAACUGAUGAAGGACUAGGAUUCAAUGUUAUGGGAGGAAAAGAACAAAAUUCACCCAUUUACAUAUCCCGUAUUAUACCAGGUGGAGUGGCUGAUAGGCAUGGUGGACUAAAAAGAGGAGAUCAACUUUUAUCUGUUAAUGGCGUUUCUGUGGAAGGCGAAAACCACGAAAAGGCUGUUGAACUUCUUAAGCAAGCCAUUGGAUCUGUGAAGCUUAUUGUUCGGUACACCCCUAAAGUAUUAGAGGAAAUGGAGUUGCGAUUUGAUAAGCAACGUACCACACGUCGUCGCCAGUGAUUCCGAAAGCGAGAGAAAUUUGGUAAAUCGGGCAAAAUAGUUUUAUAAGUGAAACGUUAGUUGAAAUUUGAUUUCAGUAUUUAUUGUAAUUAUUUUGAUUAAAGAUCAAUAAACUUCAAAGUAAUAUAAAUAAA